AUGAGCUUCCAACGAAACCCAUUUAAGACUGGUCUCGCCCAUUCGAUAAUCCUCAAUGAUCCCGUCAUUGGUCUCAUGCACUGGGUACCGGAACUAGAAAGUAAGCGCGAUUUUCUCCUUCGUGGCGACUUGGAAAUCGAUUGGCGACCAUUGUUCGAGUUAUACGUAGAGGUUUCAUACAAAAACCUUGAGGAAGAUGGAAUUUUUCUAAUGCCAGAUGGAUUCCGAGCAGAAUUACAAGCUUACAUAUCCCAUGCAAGAAGGUAUUUUUCUGACGAUGCCCCUCAACAAUUACUGGACGAGUUGCGACCCUUGAUGUGUGUCUGGGAUGAGUCAAUAGUAAGAGCUUGGAGGUUACUUGAGCUUUUUAUGCCAAUGAAUUUACCUCCCGAGAGGCAGUUAACUCAUGGCAAGUUGAUCGUAGUUCAUUAUGGCUUGAUGAAGCGUGGCAUUGGUUUGUCACCGUUGAGAACAACAAUUUGGUCGAAGGUUCCAUACUCAAGAUGUUUGUUAGGUGAGCUAUACAAUGAUUUGAAGCGUGCUAGAAUGUAAAA